AUGUCUGCCAAAUUCGUCCUGGCUCUGUCCGUCUCCUUCGUCGUCCUUUCCUCUCCGGUGUUUGCGAAGGUCUCGGCUCCCGCAGCGAACAUUUGCACCUGGACCGAUGCGAUGCCAGUGUUGUACCACGAGUACGGCACCGACGUAUGCCCACCUCGAUUUCGGCUCAAGCCGGGCAGCGGUGACUGUCAGGACGACCCAGGGUCGUUCAACGUGGUUGACUGCGCCAGCUUCUGUGAGAUGAGGACCGAGUUCCGCUAUGGGCAAGAGGUACCCUAUCAUGUCAUGCCCAUGUGCACUGGCGGAACCUCUUGCACCUUGACCGAAAACAGACAUGUUGGCAGCAACUGGAAGUUCAAGCUGAAUGGCAAUUACAAGACCGGACCCUUCACUGCUGGCGUUGCUGGUGGCUACAAUGAAAAGGCUGGCCAGAGUGAAAGCUUCAAAUAUUCCAAGGACCUCAAGCACAAUGAAUGUGGAUAUUUCACCUUCAUUCCCAUCAUGCGUGACACCUGUGGAACCUACACCGAAGGCCAACUGGACAAGUACAACAACCCGGCGGCAGAGUGCAAAUCGACGAGAACAGUCGGCAAUGCAUGCUGUAGUCAGGCCGUGACAGUCACAGAUCGGUUUUACUGGUUCACGCGUGUCGUCCGUGGCGUUGCAGUGUUUGUCUACCUCAACUGCGACACUCUCGAGCCUUUGGAGGACAAAUAUCAAGAAAGCCCCUUCAACAAGCCAGGCGUUCGUCUGCCCCGUGGCCUGGGGCUGACAAAUGCCUACAAGGACAUAUGGUUUGCCUCGCAGUUCAAAACUCUGGCAUCGCAGUCCGAUAGUGCUGUGUGCAAUGACCACAAGGAUGUCAACGCCACCGACUGCAUGGAGGUUUUGGCUGAUGUGACUGAUCGCGGUGCCGACGUUGUUCCACUGUCAAACACAGCUAAAGGCAACGGAAUCACGAUUGGGGCCUUCAACAGCUGCAUCAUGCACCUGUCCUUCAAUGAGGAAUGGACACCUGGAAGAUGUGUGGUCUCCUAUCUGGAGAUCGCAGCCGCAGCGCAGACCGUCUUUGACACCUGUACCAACAACAGCACUGGCAUGAUUGGAGGAAGCCAUGUCGUGAGACGCAUUGGCGAAUGUGGAGCCACGGUUUCAUUCCUGUCAAAAUCCACUCCUCUUUGA